GAAAAAAAUGGGACUGAGAAUGAGCGCAAACAUGAAAGUCCUGAAAUAUUUUACCAUAUAAUAGGUUUUUAUUGAAUGUUUGUUUUCAAAGACUGUGUGAUGUUGCCAUAUUUCAUCCAUAGGUUUUCGUGUUGAUGAAUAUUAUUAAUAAUUAAAUUUGUAUGUAUGAUGUCGAAGUCCACACAACCCUACAUAAGGUCUUUAUAACCCAGAUAAUAUUCGGCACCGCCAUCACGUUUCACGAUCGCGCCACAUUCCACACAGUCCUAUGUAUAUGUUUUGUGAAUUCCAUGUUAACUUGUUAAAUGCAAAACUUCAUACAUUGGUUGUAUUAACGCGCGUUCACAGUUUCGCACCGAUUGCGCGUCUGGUAGAGUAACGCCACAAUCACAACAAUUCAUCCUCUUCCAUCCUACUAUGUGUAGAACGAGGAGAUUGGGUACCCAUAAAAAGAUAAAUUUGUUACGUCACUGCUUGCCGAAAAUGCGAAAACUGGAACGUCCUUGAUCUUCCUUCAAAUUAUACAAUUUUACAUUCCGUCAAGCAGACAUUUAUUAACAAGUUUAACAUCACAAAUAUCGGAAAUGCAUCUCUCCCCGGGCCCGCAGUAUCACACCAACCCUUUUUUUGAGGUAAUCUUGUAAUAGCAACAACAAUAGGUGAAGUUAGAGAGAAUGGCAUCGAAUAAGGAGAAGAGGAUAGCUAGAUGGUACUUCGGAGGGCUUGCAUCUGCAGGAGCUGCCUGUUGUACACAUCCAUUGGAUCUGCUCAAAGUACAUUUGCAGACCCAGCAGGAGGGGAAAAUGACUCUUUUAGCACUUACUAAGAAUAUCGUUAAAAAACAAGGUGUGCUAGCAUUAUAUAACGGUCUAUCAGCCUCGCUUCUUCGACAGUUGACCUAUUCGACGACUAGGUUCGCUCUCUACGAAAUAGCAAAACAACACGUCAACGCCGAUUCGUUUUACAAAAAAGUAGCGAUAGCAGCUGUUUCUGGUGCAGCGGGAGGUUUUGUGGGCACGCCCGCUGAUAUGGUCAACGUUCGGAUGCAAAACGAUAUCAAGUUACCCUUGGAACAACGAAGAAAUUACAAACAUGCAGUGGAUGGUCUGUAUCGCGUCUACAGGGAAGAGGGAGUCGCCAGGCUGUUCUCUGGAGCGUCGACGGCCACGAGCCGGGCAGUUCUGAUGACCAUCGGACAAUUGUCAUUCUAUGAUCAAAUUAAGAUGAUGGUCUUGAGGACUUCUUGGUUCAAAGACAAUAUGACGACGCAUUUCCUCUGCAGUCUUAUGGCGGUCGAAAUGACAUUGCAUCAUUCGUUCGCUUGGCAACACCGCAUCUCGUACAUUCCAAGGCAAGGUUUCCCCCUCCAUGAUCAUAGAUGAGCGAUUUUGGGCGGUAUCGCCACUUCUUUGACUCAACCGCUAGACGUCAUCAAAACUAGAGCCAUGAAUGCCAAGCCGGGCGAGUACAAAAAUGUGCUUGCCAUCGUACUUCACAUUGCCAAACUGGGUCCUUUAGGGUUCUUCAAGGGCUACGUGCCAGCCUUUGUAAGGCUCGCUCCGCAAACUAUACUUACCUUCGUGUUCUUAGAACAACUCAGGAUGAACUUCGGGUUUGAGCCGAUUCCGGAACAGUUAGAAACCUUAGAUUAAAUCAUUUUGUUUCUGUCUGUUCUCUAUUGAAAAGUGUACUUGAUUAUUCGAUGUUAGUUAAAUUGGUAUGAAUUAUGCAAGAAACGAUGUAAAGUGGGUAUGGUAUGGAAGUAGGUAUACUGCUCAGAUUAAGGUAUUCAUCUAGCGACUUUUAUAGAUUUGCAACUUCUAUCGUACUGAGGAUACCGACACGGAAAGUCGUACUCGUCAUUUCAUACAAUUGAAAGUUUGAGAUUCUGCUACAGUCAAACUUUGAUUCUACUAACGGAAACGUUAAACUGCUGUACUAGAUUUAAAAAACUAUUAAAAAUAAUUCAAUUUCUUAUAAAAUGACACAAAAAUAUACGUUGUAGUUUGUAACCAAUUAAAAUCAACGUAAUUUGGAAAAUAGUUUGUUGUCAAUUCGCACAGAUUUUUUUACGUUGAUUGUAACCUUGCUCAGGGGAUUAGUUUGUGUAUCUACCAUACCUCUUUAGCUGGUUUUACAGUGCUAAAGUUUUUGAUAGUAGUCAUAUACCUUGGUCUAUCUCUGAAUAGGUCAUUUCUCUACUCGCUCACUAAAAACAAAAAGUUGUCAGUCUUUGUUUAUUGUGGAGAAUAUCCGCACAACUAAUAUGAAGGUUUCCAUUCUAUUGAGUUAGAAGGUGUUUCAAAAAUGGCUUUGACUGAAAUCAAUCUAAAGAUAAACGAACAAAAUGACAAUAUAGUCAUAUUCUGUUAUAGUCUCUCUAUAUUGUAUGUAUGAACCACAUUUUGUUAUUUGUGUUUCAAUCGAAGAUUAUUUAUGUUAUUUAUCUUGAAAAAAUAGUCUUUAACCAAAAGGAAAAGUCCAAUUAUGGUAUUUAGAAUGAUAAUCUGUGAUAAAUGUUAUUUUGAUUUCUCCUAUACGUUUUAAAGCAGUCAAACAAGAUAUGUCCCUAGACAAUAUUUUUGUUAUUACGUUUAGGUAUAUUAAUCUUUGUAUGAUAUAUUCACUUUUACAGGGCUUUGCUGCCAAUGUUUCAGCAAUAUCUCUAAUGAGUUCCUAUCUAUCGCAGCAGAUAUAUUUUAAUUUAAAAGUACAAAUGGAGUACUUUGAGAUAAAUUUUAUUAAAGAAUAUUUUGUAUACAGAUCCCAAACACCAGCUGUUUAUUUAUCAUUUUUAAUAUUUUAAUCUUGAGUAAGGGCUUUUGUUUUGUUUUUACCAUGUGAUCGAUUUUGUGUAGUUACAUAAACGAUAUUUGUCUGUUAUUUGUUUCGUGGCUACAUUAAAAUAAGUUAAAAUUGUGUUGUUAGUAGACGAAUUUAUCGAUGCAUUUAUAACUUGUUGUGAAUCAAUGAUCAUUUUGAGCAAUAAACUUAUAAAUCUAUGAA